AUGGCUGCUCCGGGUCCACAAGACCAUCAUCCUCCUCGUCCUCUGAAAACUUGGAACGAUGCCAAUACUGUAACAGUGAAAACCUUAAAUAGCAACGCUGUUUUAGCAACAUACAAAAAGUUCACUUGUUCAUUACCUUCCUCUGCAUCGGCUCAGGACUUGAGAUGUUUUGAGGUGGAGAAGGAAAGACUAGAUCAUUCGUCUCCCAGAGGAGUUAUCGAGGCGUGCACAAGAGGCUUAGAAAAUGAAGCAGACCUGGAAAAUGAACCAGGUAAAACGUCAGGUUGUAAACCCUUCCUGUCGAUUUCACAAGGGCAUUCUCGCUGGCACAGAUUUUUUAAAGUGUGGAAAAGAGGUUCUACAAAGCGAUUGCCCUCUUUCCCUCCACUCGUGCCAAUAUUAUCAAGAAGAAAGAGUAGAAGUACAAGAGAAAAUGUAGAGAAGGAUGUAUGCCCUGUCAAUUCUGCCUGGAAGAACUUUACACUGAACGACCUGCUGACUGCAACCAACAAUUUUAGCCAAGAAAAUCUAAUCGGCAAGGGUGGUUAUGCUGAAGUUUAUAAGGGCUGUUUACCAGACGGACAGCUUGUAGCCAUUAAGCAGCUCAAUAAAGGAACAUCAGAAGAACAGACAAUAAACUUUUUGUCUGAGAUUGGCAUAAUUGCACAUGUAAAUCAUCCUAAUACAGCUAAGAUGAUUGGCUAUGGAGUUGAAGGAGGAACGUAUCUUGUUCUUAAGUUAUCGUCAUUAGGGAGUUUAGGAUCACUUCUUCAUGGUUCUAAGGAAAUACUAGAUUGGAGGGCAAGGUAUAAGAUUAUUCUUGGGACAGCUGAUGGCCUGCUGUAUCUUCACGAGCAUUGCCAAAGGCGAAUCAUUCACAGAGAUAUCAAGGCUGAUAAUAUCUUACUUACAGAAGAUUUUGAGCCACAGAUUUGUGAUUUUGGCCUUGCAAAAUGGCUGCCCAAACAGUGGUCCCAUCACCAUGUCUCAAAGUUUGAAGGCACAUUCGGCUAUUUUGCUCCGGAGUACUUCAUGCAUGGGAUUGUGGAUGAGAAAACGGACGUGUUUUCUUUCGGAGUCCUACUUUUGGAGCUUAUUACUGGACGCCAAGCGCUGGAUGAUUCACGGAGAAGCCUUGUGCUUUGGGCAAAGCCGUUUCUUGAUAAAAAUGAAGUUAAGGAGCUUGUGGAUCCUUCUCUUGGAGAUAAUUAUGAUCAACAAGAGAUGGAUUGUGUACUCUUGACAGCCACAAUAUGUGUUGAACAGAAUCCCGUUCGUCGACCUCACAUGAGCCAGGUGAUUAGACUGCUCAAAGGUGAAGAAAAAAACCGAAAUUGUCCAAAGCAUUUCCUUCGAAGGACAUACUCAGAAGAACUUUUGGAUGCAGAGAAUUACAACUCGACUAAGUAUUUGGUCCAUCGUCCCCAACGAAUUGCUGUGGUUUCGCGAGAUCGACUAUGA